AUGUUGGUGUAUGUAUCGGCCCCCGAGAAAACGACGUGCUCCGCACCUGCCUACGCGCACGCGGCCCCACAAAACCCUAAUUUCCAAGACCCUCUAAAAGCUGUGCUUAUUGUUCCAACUGUGGCAAAUCCUUGGUGGACGGGUCAGGGAGGGUUAUCUGGGGUUGACCACCCAGGAACCCAUUCACCUGGCCUAGGCAAACGCCCCUCAGACCUUGGAAUCAGCGAAAACAGUGGUGGGCACAAUAGAGAAGAAGAUGAAGACAAUAGAGAUGAACCAAAAGAGGGUGCAGUUGAGGUUGGAACCCGCAGACCAAGAGGAAGACCUCCUGGAUCCAAAAACAAGCCAAAACCACCCAUUUUCGUGACAAGGGACAGCCCAAAUACCCUGAGGAGCCACGUGAUGGAGGUAACUGGAGGAGCUGAUGUUGCAGAAAGUGUAGCCCAAUUCGCAAGGAGGCGUCAGCGUGGGGUUUGUGUGCUCAGCGGGAGUGGCUCAGUGGCCAAUGUUACUCUUAGACAGCCUUCUGCUCCUGGUGCUGUGGUGGCACUUCAUGGAAGGUUCGAGAUUCUGUCCCUAACCGGGACUUUCCUACCUGGUCCUGCUCCUCCAGGAUCCACAGGACUCACCGUGUAUCUGACGGGAGGACAGGGCCAGAUAGUGGGAGGGAGUGUGGUUGGAUCUCUAGUUGCAGCAGGACCAGUGAUGGUCAUUGCUGCAACUUUUGCUAAUGCAACAUAUGAGAGACUUCCACUUGAUGAGGAUGAUGAGGGGCCCAGUUCAGCGGCGGGGGCGCAAGGUGGAGGAUCGUCGCCACCCCCACCGCUUGGAAUUGGAAGCAGUGGGGGUGGACAGUUGCAGGGUGGGAUGCCAGAUCCAUCAUCUAUGCCUUUGUAUAAUCUUCCACCAAAUGGAGGAGUGGGGCAGGUAGGGCAUGAAGCUCUUGCUUGGGCUCAUGGACGAGCACCUUUCUGAAUCAUGGUGGGAGGGAUCUAAUAAUCAAAUUCAACCUGCUUUGUAUUGAUCUUGUGCUGUAUUUUGAAGGAUGUAGGACAUUGGAAAAAGAGUUGCAAGGUUAGAGUACUAAUUAUAUAGUUGUGAAUCGAAGAACUAUAUGAGAGAGGAAGCUAGCAAGCUUCCAAGCAAGCAAAGCAUGCUUAUUUUAUCGAUGUACAUGGAUUAUGAACCUUCUUUUUCUCUCUUUUGCUUCUGUGUUUCGAAUAAAAAGAUGAUCAUGGGCGUCUUUUUAAUAUAUUUAUGAAUAAUUUAGUAGUUUUUAUCCA